GAAUAGCUGGAAGAGGGGGCGGGUAAACAAAAUCAUGUUAUGUGACGUUGUGAAACAUUACCGCCUUGAACUGGCAAAACACACAACUGGUAUCUUUAUGGUAUUUGGCCUAUUUUACCCUUUGAUAACUUCUUGAGAAGAUGCUUCCAGCACCUGCAGUCUUUCAUUUCCUUUGGGAAGUCAACUCUGGUCCAGUCAAGGAGGGAGAUUCAGUGAGAACACUUGGAAGCAUGCAGCACCAAGUUGUUGUUCAGACUACAUUUGUGGAACCCUUUGACCCCAUCAUUGGAGCCCAGUACAUAGUUCUGGGCGAGAUUGAAAAAGCAGAGGGAGGUGAUGGUGUGAUGGCUCAUGCCCGUGUGCUGAACUGUGUGGAUGGGGUCAACCUAGUCCUGCUACAGAGAGGUGUCAAUGAACAGAGGAGCUACUUCAGAGAGAGGGGGGAGAGCAAGGGAGAUGCUGCUACUGCUGCUCGGCCACCUGCUCCUCUCUGACCUGGACCCCAAUAAGAAUUCAUCUGAUACAGUGCUACUAGUGGAAAGUUAUGAACCAGGUGGAAUUUAAUGACAUGUUGUAAUGUUUAUAUGACCUCAGAUGGAUCGUGUCAAAAGGUCAGAUUUUUUUAUGGUCGGGACAUUUUCCCAAAUAGCCGAUUUACAUGGGGAUGUCAAGAAUUAUGAGACUCUGCCUUUCGCUAAUUUAGAAUGGCGAAGGGUGGAAUUGGGAUAUAACAAGACUUCUGAUGAAAUCCUGAUUCGAUACACAAAAGCUGCUUGUUCUGGUGCACUGUAAAGUCCUGCCAUUAUUUGUCAUACGAUAUCAAUUCUGGAAGUCACCCUCUUCCUGCUGACAGAGUUAGGCAAGUUCACUGAAUGUUGGGUCAGGUGUAUGAAGUAGAUCAAGAAUGCAUACUUACAUUCUUAUUGUAGCUAAUCUAAGAUAAGAGAGAAUGUUUGAUGUAGCCAUUUAUGCAAUGGUUAUAUUUGUGAAUGAAAACUGAUAUGUAGCUUGGAAAUGUACAUUUGUGAGAAACAAACAAAUAAAUUAUUUUUGAUUUGAUAUUAGAUGUA